CUUGUAUAAACACGGAAAUAUAUACACAGAUCAUACUUCCGCAGCUUUCCGCAAGGUAAAAUUUCGAUGUUGAAAUGCUUGUUGGAGAGCUCGUCAUGCCUACGGAGCAUGUCAAGUUGUUAUGGUUGUCAUCGCUGCACUUGCUUAUGCGUUGACUCGGACCCAGGGUCAAACCUCAAUUGUUCCUUCGUGAUCCAUACUCGUAGCAAUGAGUUAGCGAAUCUAUCCUGUGAGUUGUCUAGUGAACAAGUUGAUUCCCUAGCAUAUACUAACAGACCAUGUUAUUCGUGCAAUGGGUAUAAAUUAUAUUCCUUUUUGAAGUCGAAUGCGUCUUUCCUUCAUUUGCCGCUGGCCGGUAAGAAGAUAUGCUAUCUCUCCCUUUUGUGCUUCUUUCUCUUCACGCGCUGGCCGUAUACAGUGCUCCUCCAUUAGGUAGAGAUGAUGCUGCAGUCUUACGACGAGAAACAACGAUACAUGGCCUUACGCUUCGCCGCGAAGAGUAUCACCUACUCCAGAAACGCGAUGUCUCGAUCUGCGGUGUUCCGAUACGAGAUGCUUCGCAUAGCGAUUGUACCAAGCACUAUCCACCCAACCUCUUUAAACGAGUGCGGGGUUCCACGAAAUCGAAAUCAGGAUCCGAUACGGAAAAUAGUAGUCAAUCGAGCUCCGGAGGGAGAAGAAAAGGGAAAAGUGCAUCGCAAGAGGAUUAUUCUUACCACUCGAGUUCUACUGAGCAGAGAGAAGAUGUGCAGUACGACCAGGAAAUGGCACAGUAUGAGGAUCAGGACGCAGGGGGCUAUCACUGUGACCAUUUUACCGAGUUGCAGACCUCAUCAUACAGUUUAAAUCCGUACUGUACCAAUCCAGGUAUCUCUGCGGCUAGAGUAACAACUAUCAGCAAGUAUGUCAAUAAUCCGAAUAAGAAUCUGUACCUUGUUAGGGGAGAUGUCAACUCGGCCAAAGGUGCCGUGACUAGGCUUGCAAUUUCGAGGCAGAAUAAUCCCAGUCGCCCCAAGGUCUAUAAAAGCAAAUACGACCAAGACACUUGGGUUAGGCUCGUUGAAUAUCUCAAGGCCAAGGAAUCCGUAGCGAGAGCCACUGCAGCUCAGAUUAAAACCGAUUCUGGCCUGACUCAGCGUGUUGAUACAACAAUAUAUGCGAUAUACGAAGACACUCUUGCGAUUUCCGAAGCAAUGCGCGACUCGUAUGUGCCAAGUCGACAAGUAAGCCAGCAGGGAAGCCAAGGAGGGAACUCACCCCAUCACAGUGAUAACAGUGGAGGAACCUCUGAACUGAGCGACGUCCAGACCGAGGAGGUCACUUACAAUGGCAGGACUCUGACUCUGUAUUGGGUCUCCGGUGCAUGGCAUUAUGUGUAUGACUACAACGGCCAAGGUACAUACAUAGAGUACAAUGAUGACAACCUGCGACAAUGGCCUCCAAAUGUUCAAUAGUUUUAGAAACGUAUACCUAAUA